CGUACAUUUUCAUCUAUAUAUGAUAGGACGCUCUGUAGAUUCUGCUAUACCUACUAUCAUGUUCUUUUGCGAAGAGAAGGAGCCACGCAAGAAAGCUAAAAAUGCUAUAGAAGAAGGAGGUUUCCUAGAGCGCCUACCAGGGUUUCGACUUGGACACCAGGCCAAACAACCAGACGUUGGGUCUUUGAUUCAGCCUGCUACAGAGAACGAUGGAGCACAAUCACUUAGCCUAAAUAAUUCGGUCUUGGAUGUUUACUUCGAUUCUACCCGGCCGAUAUUAGCAGAUGGGAUGCCAAUUUUUGUCAAGCAUACUAACGGCCUCCUACGACAGGCUACUGCCAACGCGGUUUUCAAGGGGCACAGAUAUGUAUACAUGUCCGUCUCGCACGUGUUCGUUGAUAGCAUACCCUAUGCACGGAGGAGCACAGCAGAUUCCGACAGCGAAUAUGAUUUUGGAAGUGGCACUGAACUUGAAGACUACGAUGAUUGCAUAGACGCAACGUCUCGAGGAAGCAUCAGCUCGCCGGAGGAGAGCUCAGAAGAUCAAUUAGACCUGGCCGCUUCUGGUUCCGGUUCCUCAGCCUUGAUGAAUGAGACCGCUCUCACACAACGUGUCCUGCACGACCGAGUUUCUUCUCCCACGGGGAUUAUACGGGUUAAUCCGAGAUUAAAAACGGAACACAGUGACAAAGCUUUGGUUGUAGUUACACCACCAAUUGAGAGCCUCGAGCCUACUUCGAUCAUUACACACACUUCUCACGGAACUAUAUCUGGACUGCUUUCCAAUAAUGCGACCCAUAUGCGGCUUCCGGGAAGUAACACUUUCCAAAAAGUCUACCAAAUUGCACUUGAUGCCCCCCUCAUUUGGGGUGACUGCGGGUCUGUAGUUAUUGACCUCGCAACUUCUGAACCAUAUGGAUAUAUUGUUGCAAGCUCGAUGACAAAACGCAUUGCUUAUAUCAUGGUGGCAUCGGAAGCUUUCGAAAUCUUGGAAGUAAGUUGGAAAAUGCCUCAUCUGGUUACUACCGAGGCCUCUUCCGGUGAUAUUGAACGAAAAGUCUCUCUACACAGAUCAGACACAGUUUCCUCGAUUGGAAGCGACGCGUACUCACCGCUCCCCCCUGGUCGUUGGACUUUAGACUUCCAUGGAAACUGUCCAAGAUGUCAUCAUCAUCAUACUGGCGUUAAAAUCAAGGUCGAUGUUUCCCAUGAUUCUAGUAAGGUCAGCCACGUUCGUUGCGAAAUGUGUCAAGAGAACUGGUUAGCUUUUGGGGGUCGUAAUUCAACCCGAAUAUCUUUACUCUCUACGUUGACGGCUGAUCCAGAUCCUGUUGAAAAGGAAGUGCGCUCCACACUGAGCAAACUAGUAAGGAGUACAACUGCUAUCACAGCUCCAUGGCUUCUCAAUAUUCCCGAAACGUCUCCGGAACAUUCGGUGCGGUCAACGACUAGUAAUGGCCUUCAGCCGUCAUUUGGGCCAAUGGCGACUACAGCACAAACUUCUUCCUCUGUUCCACUAAGCCGUGUUCAACGUCUUAAGCCAUCAACUAGUUUGUCGUCCCUCCCGACUACGCCUACAAUCGACAUUGGGGAUAAGGGCCACCCAAAACAGCCUCUUUCGAAUCUCAAACAGAGAGUUCAAGCACGAUUCCCCAUUUUGCAAGGAGCAAAAGUAAAGCAACUGUUCAGACAUUCCAAGAAACCGCAGAUGUCUGCUGAAAAGAGAGAAAAUUACCCAGUCCAUAUCUCAGCUGGUAACGAGCUGGGACCCUCAACAAGCUUCCAAGAAGAGUUGUACACUUCUGGACAAGAGUCCGGCAGUGAGGUCUUACAUAACGACCCUAGCGUUUCCGACUCAGCGAACAUGAAUUCAGAGGUAGCCGAUUUCAUUGCCGAUCUUAGGAACGAUCCAAUUAGCGAGAUGAACAAGAAAGAGCGUGUUAUCUGGUUGCGGGAGAAGCUCACCAAGUUCAAGUCUUCCCGCAAGAUCUUUGACCAACCAGCCCACUCCAUUGUGGUUAACAGUGGUACUCGUGUGACUUCAGUUGAACCCCCACUGGCCUCAUUCGUUCAAGACAGUCGUCGUCACUCGAGUGAGAUGCUUUACCUCGGGAGUCAUCUUAGUUACUUUGAUAGAUGGUCAAGUGAAGCCGCACUUCAUGGACGCCCUCUUUCUAUGAGUGAACGGGGUACGGAACUAUCGGACGCCUCUACAGUCGCCGAUGACAACAUUGUUGCUUCUGAUCCACGCAAUGCUUUGGUGGAGAGUCUUCAAAGGGCACGUCGUGCAUCUGAAUCGCCUCGGCCGCUUUCACUAAACAAUUUGUCGCUGUCGUGGGGAAAUAUCCGUCAAGCUCGGGCGGAGGCACACUACUCUUUAGACUCGCCGCGGUACUCAAUCGACUCUGCUCCUACAGAGUGCGGUGUGAAAACUAGAACUAGUAAUUAUCCGUCCCGACGUUCGGGAGCGCGCGCUCGACGACCAAGGACGAUCACUCCUUCCUCCGCCUAA